GGGUGUAGGGGUUGUAAGGGUUGAUUAGCAAGGUAGCAAGGGGAGCUUCUGGACCUUGGGAGACUAGCACGACUUACGAGAAACUGAAGAUUCCUACCUAUACCUACAUACAUAUGACCGGUAUAUUGACGUAUCGGGGAGUCCAAGGUUGUCAGGUUGUCAAGGUUGGAAGAUUUUUGUGCACGAGACUAAGGACUCACAAGGUAGCACACACGAUUGGGGCGGAUUGAAGUUUCCUGUUUGAUUCAUAACUCUAUUCACUCGUUUGCCGAUUUUGGUGGCUUACAUUGAGGCCAUUCAUUCCCCCACGAUGGAUACCCGGAAUGUAAUUCAUUUUGAAGACAACGAUCAUUACAUCGGCAUUGACGUGGGCACCGGGUCUGCCCGUGCCUGUCUCAUAGACUCUUCCGGAGAUAUCAAGGCCCUUGCCUCGGAAGCAAUCAAGCUAUGGCAGCCCCAGCAAGGUUACUAUGAGCAAUCCACUACGGAUAUCUGGCAUUGUAUCUGCCAUUGCGUACAGCGCGUUGUCCACCAAUCCGGUGUCGAUGUGGGCCACAUCAAAGGUCUAGGCUUCGACGCUACCUGUUCCCUCGCCGUCUUCAACCAAGACGAUGACCUUCCUGUCACUGUUACCGGCCCAGAGUUCGAGAACGACGGGAAUGACCGCAAUGUCAUCCUAUGGCUCGACCACCGUCCCGUCCAAGAGACAGAGAAGAUCAAUGCCACAGGUCACAACCUUCUACGCUAUGUGGGCGGCAAGAUGAGCAUCGAGAUGGAAAUCCCCAAGGUGCUCUGGCUGAAGAACAACAUGCCUAAGGAGAGAUUCGAUCGCUGCAAGUUUUACGACUUGACUGAUGCCCUGACACAUCUAGCUACGGGUAACGAGAACCGAAGCUUUUGUAGCACUGUUUGUAAGCAGGGCUAUGUCCCCAUUGGCGUAGAUGGAAGCGAAAAGGGUUGGCAGGAAGAUUUCUUUGAGGAGAUUGGCCUCGGAGACCUCGCCAAAAACAACUUUAAGCGUAUGGGAGGCGUGCAUGGAAUUAAUGGCAAAUACUUCAGUGCAGGCGAACUUGUUGGCUACUUGUCCGACCAUGCUAGUAAACAAUUAGGAUUGCAUGCAGGUAUCGCAGUGGGCAGUGGAGUCAUUGAUGCCUACGCAGGCUGGGUUGGUACCGUGGGAGCAAAGGUCGACACUGAAUAUGGUCAUGCCGACGAAAGCGCUCCCGCGAACGACCUUGCCCAGGCCUCUACCCGACUUGCAGCGGUAGCUGGCACCUCCACCUGCCAUCUUGCCAUGUCGGAUAAGCCUGUAUUUGUAAAUGGUGUAUGGGGCCCCUACCGUGACGUACUCCUGCCUAAUUAUUGGUUAGCAGAGGGUGGUCAAUCGGCUACGGGUGAGCUCCUGAGACACGUCUUGGAGACCCAUCCAGCACACAAAGAAGUGAUACCCUUAGCAGAAGCUAUGCAUAUGAACAUCUACGACUACAUGAAUGGUCAUCUCAGGGAGUUAGCUGAGAGCACCAAAGCUCCCACCGUCUCAUACUUGGGUCGACAUUUCUUCUUUUACGGCGACUUAUGGGGAAAUCGAUCUCCUAUUGCAGACCCUAACAUGAAGGGCUCGGUGAUCGGGCUCAGCAGUGAUUCUAGCGUGGACGGCCUCGCACUCUACUAUUACGCCACAAUGGAGUUUAUUGCCUUACAAACCCGGCAAAUCAUUGAGUCGAUGAACACAGCGGGCCACAACAUCCAGACCAUCUUCAUGUCUGGCAGCCAGUGCCAGAAUGACAUGCUAAUGGACCUUAUCGCAACGGUCUGUGACAUGCCAGUGCUAAUCCCCCGCUACGUCCAUGCUGCGGUAGUGCACGGAGCAGCGAUGCUAGGGGCAAAGGCAGCCAGCGAAGAGGAGGGCAAGAAAGAGAAUCUUUGGGCUAUCAUGGAUCGCAUGAGCAAACCUGGUCGACUCGUUAAGCCCGGGUCAGACAGUAACGAAAAGAGACUCUUUGACGCCAAGUACGAGGUUUUCCUAGAGCAAUGCCGAACCCAGAGAGAGUAUCGCGAGAAGGUCAACGCGGCUACCAGUUCUUGGGUUGUACAGACAAAUGGAAUAUAAGGGGGAAAAGGGGAACUUGAAGCUGAUAGCUGGCAUGGGCGGAUAGGCGUGAAUAAGCGUUGGGAAAAGGUACGUAGAGUAGAACCAAACAUUGAUGGUCAUGGUUAUGGUAUACCUAUUGUAUAGACUGCACUUUCUGCAAGCAAUAUAAAUUCGAACAUUAUUAUCUUUGAUGCAAUGGGUAAAGAAUGAGACGUUGGGAC